AUGCAGAUGCGAAGUCGUGCCUUAAGGCACAUCUCUGUUGACGUUUUCCGCAAUCCGCAAGGCCUCGGCAUUUGCGUCGUGGCACUGGUGGUGAUCCUAGGUGUUCUUUUUGAGCACCUGGCCCUAGCAUUCCAAGCCGAUGUGGGUUGGGAGUACGUGGCUUGGGUCGCUCUCGUCCUGGCCGCGCAUGGUGUUGGUGCAGGGCAUCAAAACAACGGAGGUCAAAGGUGCAAACUGCAUCUUCAUCACUGGUACUGGGCCUUCCUCGCCUCGCACUACGCGGUGUUCGACUGCCUUCUCUCAAGCUUGGCGCAGGCGGCCUUCCUGGGAAUCUACAUCCAUGGUGCUGCACUGUUCGGCUUGGAGUCCAUCUAUGAGCCCAGAUGCAUGGCUUCGCAAACUCAUGUGAGGUCUGAUUUUUAUCAUGGUAUUUGA